GUCCCAAGCUGCGCUGAUCCUUCACUCUCCAGCACCAGGCUGGAGUCCGCCCGCCCGCUGCCUCCCCCUUAUUACCGGCCACCUGCCUCUCCGAGAAUAACACAGCGGCACCGAAAAGCUCAGUGAGGAGCACAACCAAAGCAAGGAGGCGAGGCAAGAUACUGACCGGCUUCCUUUGCCAUCUUUUCGGCAUCCAAACCCCCUCCACCAAAACGUCCUGCGGGAGGACAGGCUGCGCACAGGGCGCACUUAGCGACCCGGGUUUGUUGUCGUUACCAGGAGAGGAGCGCUCAGCGAGCAGAGCCGGAGAGCCGGUUCAGCUCUGUGCACACCGGGCUGCCCCCCUCACAGGAGCCACUUGCAUGGAUGCACCAUGGCCACGUUUGUCUGCAGGGUUCAGUUUUUAGACGACACCGAUCCGUUCAACAGCACAAAUUUCCCAGAGCCGACGAGACCACCGCUGUACACCUUCAGGGAGGAUAUCCCACUCAUCAACCAGUUAGCAGGCGUCCACCGGCUCCUCAAAGCUCCACACAAGCUUGAUGACUGUGCGCUCCAGCUCUCCCACAAUGGCACCUAUCUGGAUCUGGAGUCCUCUCUGGCUGAGCAAAGGGACGAGCUGGAGGGCUUUCAGCAGGACGACACAGGGUCCAGAGGGAAGAAGCACAGUGUUAUUUUACGGACCCAGCUGACCGUCCGUGUACACGCCUGCAUCGAAAGACUGUAUAACUCCAAUGGACGUGACUUAAGAAGGGCGCUGUUCUCUCUAAAGCAAAUUUUUCAGGAUGACAAAGAUCUGGUCCAUGAGUUUGUGAUGGCUGAAGGUCUGACAUGUCUCAUCAAGGUGGGAGCAGAAGCUGACCAGAACUACCAGAACUACAUAUUACGAGCCCUGGGGCAGAUUAUGCUGUAUGUAGACGGGAUGAACGGCGUCAUCGGUCACGCUGAGACAAUCCAGUGGCUGUACACUCUUGUUGGCUCAAAGUUCCGUCUGGUGGUGAAAACAACUCUGAAGCUGUUGCUGGUGUUUGUGGAGUACUCUGAGUCUAACGCUCCGCUGCUGAUAGAAGCCAUCACGUCUGUGGACAACAAGAGAGGCUACAAGCCAUGGUCCAAUGCUAUGGAGAUCUUACAUGAGAAGGAUGGCGUGGACACAGAGCUGCUGGUCUAUGCCAUGACCCUCAUCAAUAAGACACUUGCAGCACUGCCAGACCAAGAUUCAUUCUAUGAUUUGGUGGACGGUUUGGAGGAACAGGGCAUGGAGACAGUGUCCCAAAGACACCUGGGGCGGAAAGGCACUGAUCUGGACUUGGUUGAGCAGCUUAACAUCUAUGAGAUGACCCUACGGCACGAAGAUGGUGACGAUGACAGCCAACCUCCACCGAUGGGACGCCGGGACCGCAGACGAGCCAGCCUCGGGGGCGGGGACAAAAAGCGUGGCCUGGAGAGGAGGCGGAGCCGCAGAGCUUCACUUGGGCGAUCUGGUCACGCCUCCCCCUGCAGCCCUGCGUCCCCACAGAGAGCCGGCUUCCAGCCUUUCAGUGGACAGAGGGCUGAGGACAUGAGUGAGAGGGCACUGUCAGGUUUCCUUCCAUCCAUAGAGGAGGAGUGUGAGGAUGGAUUAGAGGAGGAGGAAGAGGAAGAGGAGACUCCAGUGACUGAGUCUGAUUCAGAUGAGCAAGAGGGGGAUGAUACAGUGUCUAAUCAGACCACCCCCAGCCCGGCUCGACAACUUCCAUCCAUUGUUCAUAGAACAACCCUCCAGUCCAUCACCAUCACUUCCAGGAAGGAGAACAUAAAAGAGGAUGAGCAGAGGAAUCCGACUGACCCACCUCCAGCAUCUACCGCCCACUCCCCCUCGACUCCCGCUUCCUCUCCUCCCAUCUCCUCCCCUCUCAGCCCCCCAGCCCAGCCCUCGCUUCUGGCCACCCUUCUGGCCAGGAAGAGGUCUGCUGUCACCGUGCCGGCUACCAAAGAGGUCAGCCCACCAUUGCGUGGCAGCUCUCGUCCCUCCCCUGACCGCCUGCCCUACCUGCCCCACUCGCCUUUCCACCUCUUCUCCUACGACCUCGAUGAGGAGCCGUCGCCCCCGGCUCCGGUCAAACUCACUGAGGAGUCACCUAAAACGACGUCUCCCAGGAAUGGAGGUUUCACGUCCUACUCCUCUCUCAGCAGUCCGAGUACACCCACCAGCUGCAGGCCUGCUCUGGGGGGUCUUCUGUCCUCCUCCUACAGACAACACCAGGAAUCUCUGGCAGCUGAGCGAGAGCGCCGCCGUGUGGAGAGAGAGGAGAGACUGCAGAGGAUAGAGAGAGAGGAGCGCAACAAGCACAGCCGCGACUAUGUGGAUAAAAUGGAAGAGGCCAGGCUUGCGCGGGAGGAGAGGUAUAAGAACGUGGAGCGUCUGGCAGCGGAGGAGUACGAGAAGGAGCGCGUCCGGGUCUCGAGGACUCGCCCUGACCUCAACCUGACCUUUACACCCUCUGAGGCCUGGCCCUCGUCAUCACGCAGCAGCACCCCGUCCUCCUUCGCCUCCCAAGAGGACACAGAGGCUGACCUUGAAGCCGAGACCCCAGCCACCCCUUACACCCCCUCUGAGACUGGAGAGGCUGAUGACUCCAGUGCCAGUGUAGAAACAGAGGAGAAAGAGACAGAAGCUACCGCUGAAGAGGAGGAAGAACAGAAGGAAGAGGAAGAGGUAGAAGUGGAAGUGCAUGAGGAAACAACCGCGGAAAAGGAGGUAGAAGUCGAGGAGCGCGCGCAGGAACCGGAGAAAGAAAGAGAGGAGCCGGAGGAGGAGGACAGCGGCAUCCUGAGCGACAAGGAACGACAGAAUGAGGAAGUAAACGAGAAGGACAACUGCUCGGCCUCCAGCAUCUCCUCUGCCAGCAGCACUCUGGAGAGAGAGGAGAGGGGGAGCGCUGAGAAUGGCUUCAAGGAGGCAGAGGUGAACGAGCCGUGCAGCAAACUCCUCAACAGCAAACUCUUCAUGCUGGACAUGCUGUACUCCCAGAACAAGAAGCCCAGUGAUGAGGAGGAGGAAGAGGAGGAUGCAGAGAAGGAGAAAGAAAGAGAAGAGGGGGAGGACAAAGAAACAAAGGAGGAUGCUGAGGGGCAGCUGGGUGAUGAUCAGGAGAGCGACAACAGGGCUGACAAAUCAGAGCUACAUGGGAGCAUCCGCCCGUUCGCUGAACGAUUUGGAAACUUGAUCAAGGACCUCACUUCACCCCACCCUCACCUGGAGGGCCCAGCCAACGAGCCUCCUCCACCACCACCCAAGAAGGAAUCAGACACGAUCUGGGACCAGCUCCUGGCCAGCCCUCGAGAGCUGCGCAUCGGGGACAUCAACUUCACUGACCUGACAGAGGAUGACGACAAGGACAUUCUGGACACUGUUUUGAUGGGAGGAUGCGGCGACCUCCCGCCCCCGCCUCCUCCACCACCCUGCUUCCCUCCACCUCCACCCAUGCUAGGCAGCUGCCCCCCACCGCCUCCCUUGAUUGGGAUUAUGAGGCCUCCACCUCCUCCUUCCUUUAGUUCUCCAAUUCCAGUGCCUCCUCCUCCAGAGCCGCCUCUAUUCAACAAGAAGAAGAAGACAAUCAGGCUCUUCUGGAGCGAGGUGCGUCCGACAGACUCUCAGUACAGGGACUACAAGCGGAGUGGAGACUCAUUCUGGUCCAAACUGGAAUCAGUAAAGUUGGACACGGCUAAACUGGAACACCUGUUUGAGUCAAAGUCGAAGGAAAUACCAGUUACAAAGAAAACAGCAGCAGACGGUAAGCGCCAGGAGAUCAUCGUGUUGGACUCCAAGAGGAGCAAUGCCAUCAACAUCGGUCUGACGGUGCUGCCUCCCCCUCGCACUAUCAAGACGGCCAUCCUUAACUUUGAUGAGUAUGCGCUCAACAAAGAGGGCAUAGAGAAAAUCCUGACCAUGAUCCCCACAGAGGAGGAGAAGCAGAAGAUCCAGGAGGCUCAGCUGGCCAACCCCGACGUCCCGCUGGGCUCAGCAGAGCAGUUCCUCCUCACUCUAUCCUCCAUCAGCGAGCUCUCUGCCAGACUCCAGCUCUGGGCCUUCAAGAUGGACUAUGAGGCCACAGAGAAGGAAGUGGCAGAGCCGCUGCAGGAUCUGAAGGAGGGUAUGGAGCAGCUGGAGAAGAACAAAACUCUACGCUACAUCCUCUCCACGCUGCUCUCAAUGGGAAACUUCCUCAAUGGCACAAAUGCUAAAGGCUUCGAGUUGACGUACCUGGAGAAGGUUCCAGAGGUGAAGGACACGGUGCAUAAACAGUCUCUGCUGCAUCACGCCUGCUCUGCGGUGGUGGAGAACUUCCCUCAGAGCACCGACCUCUACUCCGAGAUCGGAGCCAUCACACGUUCUGCAAAGGUGGAUUUCGACCAGCUGCAGGAAAACCUGUGUCAGAUGGAGCGCCGCUGCAAAGCCUCAUGGGACCACCUGAAGGUUAUCGCCAAGCAUGAGAUGAAGCCCCAGCUGAAGCAGAAGAUGUCUGACUUCCUCAAAGACUGCGCCGAAAGGAUCAUCAUCCUCAAGAUCGUUCACCGCAGGAUCAUCAACAGGUUCCAUUCAUUCCUGCUGUUCCUCGGUCACCCGGCCUACAGUGUGAGGGAGAUCAGCGUCCACAGGUUCAGUAAGAUCCUCAGCGAGUUUGCGCUGGAGUACCGGACCACCAGAGACCGCGUGCUGCAGCAGAAACAGAAAAGGGCCGACCACCGCGAGCGCAACAAGACCCGAGGAAAGAUGAUCAUGGACGUCAACGCUCCUUCUGAUGAUGAAGAGGAGAGUGAGCAGUGUGGUCGACGUGGCUCCAGUAGCAACAGCAGCGCCCCUAGUGGUAGCCAGGAGAGCGAGCAGCCUCAGGGCCUGGGCCAUGCUGAGGAUGCUGCAGAGCACGAGCACAUGAAGGCGGUGCUGAGAACCAGCCUCAGCGGCGGAGACAAGGAGAGCAGCGGGGUGCCGGGGCUUCGGACACGGACCAGAUCACGGCCUGGACGAGGAGGUCGCACUAUGCAAGCACGGACACCACCUGUAGAGGACACUCAGAUCUGUGGAGACGACGCCGCAGACGAGAUCAUGGAGCGCAUCGUGAGGUCGGCCACUCAGGGUCCAGGAACCAGAGCUCAGCCAAGAGAGAGGAGGAGGUCCAGGGCAAACCGCAAGUCAUUGAGGCGGACUCUGAAGAACGGUCUGACACCAGAAGAAGCUCUUGCUUUGGGACUAACUGAUUCUCCAGACACACAAAUGUGAUCCUCUGCCUCCUGUCUCUGUCCUCUUUGCUGUGGAAACGCAGCGGCAAACAUCAAUGCGACGCCUCCGUCAGCUGCCUGCCUUCGUCACACUCGUUGUUGUACUCCAGCAGUUACAUGCCCCUUUAGGUUUUUGUCAGCUGCUUAUCUUGCCUGAUGUGUCUGAGUGAUGAAACUGCAGCCACCAUAGUGUUUUUAAUGCAGCAGAGAAAAAAAAAUCCUCCAGAAGAAAAAGUGGAAGUGAAGAUAGAGAAUAAUGUGUUCAACCUGGCAAGAAGGAAAAGAGAAUUUGAUUUCAGUGAUUCUGCCUCUACACUGAGCUGAAACGUUUUUUUAUUUAUAUAAACAUAUUUUAAACAUUGCGUUAGUUCAAAGGGAUAAUUUUUGCUUUUAACUUUCUGCAGCUGUGACUUCACCAUGUUUCAUUUAUUUAAGCUGUGAAUUUUGGUUGUAAAGACGAACGGGCUGAAGAGGAAGCUUGAUUUGUUCUCUUAUCCGGUUUCAAAAAAAUCCAGAAAAAACAAAGAGGCUUAAUGAGAAUCAUGUUUUGUUUCUGCAGCUGCACGUUUGACAAGUGGCGAGUGUGGCUGUGGAUCAGUGGGAAUGUGAAAGGUUUUGAUUUGUGCCUUUCAUUUAAAAGGGACAUUGCUGUACCUUUUCGCCAUCUCUUGCUAUUGCUUUAUUCACCUCCUACUUGUCAGAUGACUCACAAAUUCACAGGUGUAGUUAUAUCACGGGUGAGUGUUGACUACAAUUACCUUUUUUAUUUUGACAGAACUGUUCUCAAUAUUUAUUUGCUAAGCUCAGACAUCUUGCACCUUACUCAGCGUUAAUAGUCUGUUAUGCUGAAAUGAAUGACUGAUUCAAAACACAGAAAAAGGAAGUUUUAUCUCAGAGGAACUGUUUGUAAAGUGUAAAAAGACAAAAAGAUAAGGACUUUUUUUAAAUUUUAAUCUAUUUGAAGGACAUGCAGAGAAUCCUGCAGAAAAAUGUGUAAAUGCCCUCGUCAGCUGCCAGAUACAGCGUGCAUGUUUAGUGCAGUUCAUGUUCUGUAUUAUUUUUGUAAUUUUCUGUAGAAACUUGUAUUAUAGUCUGAGAAAGAGGCUAUUCUGUGAAUUGUAAUUAAAGAUGAAAAAAAUGAAAGAUAUGGUCAGAGCUGAAAUAUGUGUUUUUAAAAUGUUGCUCCCUGCAGAGAGAGGGAGAGAGAGAGAGAGGGGAGCAACAUUUGGACAUUUGCUUUGAACUUUGUGGUCAUGUUGUACUUUGUAUGAACUUGAAACAGGUCGUGGAGCAGUCUCAGCUGAAGUGUGCGCUCCUCUCACAGUCCAGCAAAAACUGGGAAACAUCACUGCAUAAAUAUCAUGUAGUGAGCUGAACAUAAAAACCAUGGUUACAGACACUUCCACUUGAAAUGCUGUGUAUACACAUUCUGCAAUAAAAAGACAAAACCAUUGAGU